UCAACAUCAAAAUUCAAGUACAAAACCUUACAUUCUACCAUUGUAAAAUUAAUAUAAAAAACAUGCAUUUUACCACGUCAAAAAAAAUCAGGAAAUAAAUCUAAGGAAAAUAUGGCGGCCUAUCGAAAAUCGAUACGACCGGCUUCGUCCAAUCGCUACUUCGCUUCGGGAAUUGAGAAUGGCAAUGUUAAGGUCAAUGCUAGUUUUCUGAAAGAAACCAACAAUAUUCCAAGUUCGAAUGCGAACAGAUUGAAACCGGGAUUUCGACCGUUCAGGAAAAUCCUCAACUACUCCCAACUGACUUUAGAUGAGGAAAUAAGCCUGACGAAGCCCAAGAAAGAAAUCCAACCGAUAGCCGAAGCAAAAGAAAACCGAGACAAAUCCUUACCGACGAAACAACACGAUUAUGUAGGCACAAAAAAGCGCAAAGAAGGAAGCGACACCAGUUUAAUCCUCAGCACAGGCAUGAAGAUAAUUACGAAGAACAGGAACAUCAAAGAAGUGAUGCGCCAGGCGAAGAUCCUCGACUACAAAAUCGGCAUAUUCAAAGACAACUUCCGCACGUCCCCUUUAUUUAAAUGGGGCUGCAAGAACCCCUACGAGAAAAUCGACCGGGCCUACCGCACCCUGGUCUACAUCGAAAAGGAGGAGGAGAUCCUCAACAAGAAGAUCGACUUCUUCAAGCUGAACAGCCCGCUGAAGGUGAUCAACAAGGAGCUGAGGCAGGCCAAGAAGCUGUGGGACCAGAUCUACAUCGUGCUACCGCAACUGAGCCAAUGGAAGAAGAUCAACAAGAACUACGGCCUGCUCGAAUUGGAUUGCAACAAAUUCAAGGACGAUCUGAAGAAGCUGGACAAUUUGAAGGGGUGCGAUUGCUACGAUCAAUUCAUGGAUUGCAUCAGCUACAUGCUGAUGUGCAUCAUCACCGUCAGCGAAGUGAAAGACGUCAAUUUUAGGAACAGCCUGUGGAAGGAAAUGAUGGAAAGGGCGAAGUUUUAAAAUUGCAACUACUAAGAAAAAUAUUUCAUAAUUUUGC